UUAAUCUCUCAAAUUUCAACUCAAUCAUCUAUUUAAUUUAGGCUUGGACCAAAAGUGUUCAUUGUUAGCAAACAUAAAGGACCAAGAAUACAGGGAGCAAAGUUUCUACGCCGCGGAUAUAUUAGCCCUCCAAAUGCCAUAACCCCAAAACCCCAACUCCAAAUUACCGCUUGUGAAUGUGAAUCAUCAUCAUGGCUAACGGUUUCGAUUCUCAUGCUGUUUCUUCUUCUGAGUUCUCCAACACCAAAGUUCAAACCGUAAAGAUGAAAGAUGAGAUAUGCAUCUCUGAAAAUUCUAAGAAGCUCAAUGUGGGUACCUCUGAAACUCAAGAAUUUGAAGUUACAGAUUUCGUGACCUCCCAAAUUGCUGAUGAAUCCAUCAAGAAAAAAGAAGAAGCCAUCAAGGGUAAAAGCUUUAAUAUGGAAGAGAAUUUGGUAGGGUCUAAAGAUGAUGGGUCUGUGAGGUGUUCACUGAAGAUUGAAGUAAUUGAUGAUACAGCAAUGAUUGAUAUUUCUCAAGUUGGAAAAAGUUGCUCAAUUGAUAAAAAGAUCAAGGGUUUUGAUGGGAAAUCAGUAAGAAAUAGGAAGAAAAAGACUGCAAAUCAUCAAGUAGAAAAAGAGAAUGGAGAAAAAAUGGUUGCAAGAAAAGCAAAAGGUAGGAAUAUGGAAGAAGCCAAAGAAAAGAAUGUGCCCAUUUCUGAUGGCAGUGAAGAGAAGAGGGUUUAUUGUAGAAAGGAGUUGGAAACUUUGAGGUUUGUUAGAAUGGAAGAACAGAGGAAAAUGUGGGUUGAGGUGUACUGUGGGCUUGGUGAUACCGUGCAAAAGGAGUAUGAUGGCCUCCUUGACUCUAAUACUCAAAAGCACAUCCGCCUGUCUCGUAGGCACCUUGGAAAAGAAAAUACCCCUGUCAUUUCUGGUGUUUUGGCAGCAAAAGAACGAGGAAAACAUAUGAAAGUUUAUACUCAAAGAGGCAUGACAUGUAACGACCAUUCAGAGCACUUGGAUGAUCAAGAAGGGAAUAUAGACACUAGAAAUUCUCCUUCGGCAUUUCCUCUCAGUAGGGAUGAUGGCAUCUCUUAUGAGGGAGAAAACAAUGUUUAUGAAGAAAGUGAUGAUAGCGAUGAUGAUUAUAGUAGCAUUCAAAGACCCGCCUUUAGAGUUACAGGAGAGCCUGAUUUUGAUUCUGGUCCUCCUGAAGAUGGGCUUGAGUAUCUUAGGCGUGUCAGGUGGGAAGCAUUAAGGUUGCCCAAAGUGAAGGUUGCAGCGGUUCAAGGCUGUAAACUAAAGAAAGACCAGACAUCUUACAUGCCCCAAAUUCCUGAUAUUGCAAGCUGUCUAGAGCACUUGUUGCCCCUCAAGGAGUGGGAGGAAGCAUUCCUUGCUGAUUUUUCAGAGCUAAGACUGGCUUUGUCACGUUUGGAAGCUAAUGUUGGAACUUCUAGCCAGCUGCAUUCUGCAACCUCUGUUGAUCAACCACACUCUUCAGAUCAGCUUCCUGAAAACAUUGUUUUGGAUAAGUUUGAUGGUUUGAUGUCUGGAGAAGACGAGUCUUCCCUAUCUGAUGGUGGUGAUGAUCCUGCUCUAGAGAAUUCCAUACGAAAGUCAUCUCCUUCCAAUGGCCCUACCUUGUCUGUUAUUUUACGAAUGGAUGCUGUAGCUCGAGUUUCAAUGUUAAGGAAGCGAAUUACAGCUGUGCAAAGCAUGAGCGCUCUUACAAGGGAUGACUGCUUAUGGUUGUUUGCUCUGUGCGCUGCAGUUGAUACUCCUGUCGAUGCUGAUACAUGUGCAGCCCUACGGUCAUUACUCCGAAAAUGUGCAAACUUGAGAGCUGACAAAUCCAAUCUCGAUGAUGAAGUUAUUAUGCUUAAUUUGUUGGUCACAAUAUCUGGCAGAUAUUUUGGACAGUCCGAACAAUGACAAUCUUUUUACUUCAUCAAUGAGCCCUGUUGGGGACUUGAACAAGAAGUACUCUCCAAUUUUAUUUAUUUUAUAUCACUUUCCAGAUUUCUUUGGUCAUGGUCUUCCCAUGAUAAUUUAUACUCAAAA